AUUACAUGUUGUGUUUAGACGAUCCCAUCCGUACUCUUCUACACAAAAUUUUGACAGAUUACAUUACUUGUGUGAUCGUGUAAAGCCGUCUUAAAUCAAAUCCGCAUAGACUCUAUUGGAUCGGAAAAUUAUAAUGUAGAAAUUACAGGUGGAUUGACAAAUCUUUACCAAGACCAAAUUUGAGUAAAAAAAUCGCACGAUUUGCCACACUUAACAACACAUGCUUUUUCUACUGUCAUCAUUUUCGACAUACCAGCUGGACGUAAACAAUAAUUAAGAAGAAAAAAUAAUACAAGAUUUUAAUUUUCACAUUUCUUUUUUACAUUUUACAAAAUUAUGAAAUAAAAUUUAUUAUAAAAUAGAUAAACUACUAGCCAAUAUUUGUCUAAAUAUAUAGAAUAAUUUUUCAAAUAUGGAAACGGGUGCAGCAGCGGCAACCAACAGUCUACAAAAGAUCAAUCCACACUCUAGUAUACAACCACAACAGCCAGCCACACAAACUGUAGACCCAAAUGAGCCACAACAUGAUGUUAAAUUACAAAAUGUUGUAGCCACUGUGUCUCUGGCCUGCGAAUUAAAUCUACAAGAUAUUAACAAUCGCACCCGUAAUUCCGAAUAUACACCAUCACGAUUUCAUGGUGUUGUUAUGCGCAUGCGUGAGCCACGUUGCACAGCUUUAAUAUUUCGUACGGGUAAAAUUAUUUGUACCGGAGCACGCAAUGAAGACGAAGCUUCUUUGGGUACACGAAAAUUUGCCCGCAUCAUUCAAAAACUCGGCUAUCCUGUUAAAUUUACCGAAUUUCGUUUACAGAAUAUAGUGGCAACAGUUGAUUUACGUUUUCCCAUACGUUUGGAAAAUCUCAAUCAAGUCCAUGGCCAAUUUAGUUCAUAUGAGCCAGAAUUGUUUCCUGGUCUUAUAUAUCGUAUGGUUAAACCGCGUAUGGUUAUGUUAAUAUUUGUCAACGGUAAAAUUGUAUUUACUGGAGCGAAGGCACGUAAAGAUAUUUUAGAAUGCUUGGACCUAAUUUAUCCUAUAUUACUUAGUUUUCGUAAGAAUUAAAUCAAAUUGUUAUUUAUAAAACCUACAUAAACUCAUAUGAAAAUAUUAAGAAAAGAACGGAGAAAGUGGAAUAGGCAUUUGGAAAUAACUUUAGGCAAAUAUGUUUGUAAUUUUUAGAUAAAAAUCUAUAGUGCGCAAUAAAAUAUAAGCAAAUAAGUAAAUAAAAGAUAGUUUUUA